GCGAUAUAUUCAUGAUGUCGACGACGAUCCUGAAAGCUGGCCAGUGGCCGCGAUCGUUCGCUACGUACGCCCGUGUCGCGACUCGUGUCGUUCCAAAGUGUUUUAGAUCGCGAGUUUCGAAGUUUGAUUGGUGACGUUGGAUAUGGAUUGGUUUUGUGACGAUAGUGAAUCUUUCGAUAAAAUUAUAUAUAUGUGAUGUUUUCAUAAUUGCGAGUUUUGAAUUUUAAUUGGUGAGCAUAGUGAACCCUUGAAGAGGAAAUUCGAUGCAAUUAGACGUGUGCUUUUUGAAAUCGGUUAAGGGUUAUGAAAGUAUUACGUUAAUGAGUGUUUCGAAUUUUGAUCAAUGACUGGUUGAUGAUAGGUUGAUUUUGUGACGAUAGCAGGCUUUUAUAUGUUGCCUUUUAUAACCACCUUUAUAACGUAAUGGUACUUGGACGUAUUUACGUAGAGAUUACUGGAGGUUGCAAGUUUGAUUAGUAAUUAGGUGACGCGUGCGAUAAUCGGUAUCGUGACGUAUGUAAUUAAGUUCGAUCGAUGACGUCGACUCAGGCAAUUACUAGUGCUGUUAUGUAAUUAGGUCCUGUUGACACUUGAUGUGACAACCUGAACAUGAAGAAAAACCACCCUACAUAGUAAUCUGUUGCCUCUAACGAGAUUUUGAAGCACUUACGAAUCGACGAUGAUGAAAGAUUGAACAUCAACGGUGAGAUUUUUUCUUGCAUCCUCGCUGACUGUGAAAGUGGAACGAAGUGCGUUUCGAGUGUCUUUUGUUAUCAGAAGAGCACGAGCAGGUGGAGUUGCUUUGUGUGCCGGCUAGUACAGACGAUAUAGAACCCAAUAUCAAGAGAGGCCAUUCGACAACUCAACUCACUCCGACAACGACCAUUCUACGACCAUGAAGCCCGAUUCAGGACCACCGAGACAUCCCUUCAGAAUCAAACAAUCUAGCCCAUAACUCGGUUAAUCAAUCACAAGAUACUGUCUUAAUCUCAUUAUCCAGUAGAGUCAACCUCCCAUACAAUAGAGGAAUGAUCCGCAAUCAAAAUGGUGAUAGCGAGCGGAUCCCCAGGCAGUACUGCGUCAAACAAGCUUAGGAGAUCCCGCAGAUUGUCUUCGACUAGGGGACUGAAGGUUCGACUAAACGCAAACACAGCCAACCAACCGAUUCCCCAGCAAGAUCUGAAUCAGAAGCUCGGUCUGUGCCCGAUAGUUAGUCGAAACGUGGUCGAUACAAAAGGUAAGGCGUCGAUCAAUUGGGAAUUGAACGAGAGAAUCAGCCUGAGCAGUGGAUCCAGUCCAGGGCUGGAGGUUCGGCCGGACGCGAAGAAAGGAAUAGAAUUGAGUGGAAAUCGGAAGAAGCCGGAGACCAACGGCAGACAGGUGAUGGUCGAUAAGCAAGAGCGUCGAGAGAAUGGGAAAAUCGGCAAGACGAGUCUACAGUUCAUGAACGUAUCGGGAUUUCAGCCAGAGGUGGAGAAGAGACGGAAGGACUCGUGGUCGAUCGAUGUGGACGUGAUCGAGCGUCCAGGGAAGGAAGAGGAAGAAGAGAACGUGAUCAAAAGCGAUUCGAAGUAUGAAAUAGGAAUCCCCAGCGAGGGGACCGCUGGGUCCAGGAAAUCGACGAAGCAGAGGCGACAGCUGUCUACUGGGACCAAGUCGCAGAAGUGCGGGAAAAACGACGAGGACGAGGGCGUAAAUGGGAAGUGGGGCAGGAAAAAGGUUGACAAAACUAACGACUCGAUCUCUAAGAGGCUGGAGCUGAUUCACGAGCUGAACCAGAAGAUCCUAGCGAACUACGAGCGGUUUCAGCAAAAGUCUAGAUUCAAGAAUCAUUUGAAAGAGGCGAAGGAUACUCUGUCUAAAAGUACCUCGAAAGAACAGAGCGGUAGAAGUCGAUCGUCCUUGAAGGAAGAAAAGGAGCCGCGAAAAGAGGAGUACGUAUACGCGGAAGCCAGACGAAAGGGAAGAACAAAAACAGAAUGCGUAAUUCAGAGAUCGUGUCAAGAUCUGUUGACGCAGCGCAAGCUGGACAUUGACAAGUUCACCUUCUCCAAGGAUCACUGCGAGAAAUUGACUGUCUCGAAGGAUCAUAGACUCGACGCGUUGGACAAGAAACGAUCGAUGAAAACGCUGUCGAAAUCGAGAAUCCUUCGCGAUAAUGAGAACUUCAUCAUGGCUCCAAAACCGGGUUUCUGCGAGAUCAACGACGAUAAGGAUAGGCGAACGGCUACGAGGACCGAAUACGGCAGUAGAUCAAGACGAAACGAGGAAAGGAAGAGUGUUUUUUACCCGAUCGAAGACGACGAUGGUCAGGAAGACUCGAAAAAGCACGUAGACGGCACGAUCAACGAUGACACCGAUUGUCUAGGGAACUCCAGAUUGUAUCCAGAAACCUACAGCGAUCGUUCUAACGAAACGAGAAUCGAGUUGGCAAACGGGGACGAUCGAGGUGGGACGAGCACGUCGAAAGAAGCGAUAGAUCGGGACGAAACAGAGACCGAACGUGCGACUGGAAUCGAUCAGACUGAUGAUAGGUCUCGAGAGGAGAAACGUAGCCAGGCUAUCGAUCAGACGGCUCACAAGAUUCUGGAAAAUCUCGACAAGACUAUCGAUAAAUUUGAUCGUGAAAAAAUAGAAGGAGGAAUGACUAUAGUCGAGAACUCGAAGAACGAAGAGAAGAAAAAGAGAGACAGCUUCGAUGACUUUAUGCAAAACAGUAGCGGCUCGUUGUCAGAGCUGACCAACCCGAAAGUGGCUGGACUCCAAGAGACCUUUAAUUCCUCUUGGGACUCCGGUGUCGGUGUAGAUGUCACUGGCGGAAGUGGUUGGGUCAGGAUACACACCGGGAUCGAGAGCAGCCUCGUCUAUCUCACUCUGGAUACCACCGCUAGAGACGUCUGCAGGGACAUGCUGUUAGGCGACGACUUGUCUCUGUUUAUACAGUACGGAGGCGAGUCCGGAAGGAGAUUGGCUUCUCACGAGAAACCACUCGAAAUACAGGACCAAUUUCUUCAAAAGCUCGGCUACCAGGACGUAUCCAGACGGUCAAGACUCGGAGUCGAUCCUGAAUUACGACACCUCAUCGCGUUCCACGUGGGACCCGCAUCCCCCUUGCCGGAGCUUGUUGGAUACAGCCGUUGCGGGUACGCGCUCGUGUUGAAGGGGUUGGUUUUUCCCCAGUGGAAGAGGCGACCCUUGGCUGUCAUCGGAUCCAGGCUGUUCCUUUAUCCAGCCUGUCCAGAGUCUAGGCCAGAAUGGAUGGAAUUAACUGGCGGGGGUGCGGUGUGUUAUGCCCCGUCACGUCUGGGCAAACUCGUACUGCGUAUCACUGGAUUUCCAAGAGUCACUCAACAGUGUCAUCAGAGUCAACAACAAGAGGACAGUCACCAUCGCGAGACCAGGCACUUAUAUCUCGGCUUUCACCACCCCUGGGACAGAGACUUGUGGAAAAGUUGGAUUAAACAGGCUAUACAAUUGUCAACGGGUCCAAAACAGUUGGAUCUCAGUAACGGGGGCCUGUCAAGGAUUCCCGACAGUGCUAUAGCGUUCCCAGCGAUAGAAGAGCUAAUAUUGAGCCAAAAUCAACUUACGAACACGAAGAACAAUAUGAUGCUACUGCACAGGUUCCCGAAACUUCAUAUCCUCCAUCUGGAGUGCAACGAGCUGAGGAGAAUACCACGGGAAUUACUGGAGCUUACAGGGUUGACCUACCUCAAUCUCUCAGACAACAAAAUCGAGAAAAUUCCGGCCGACAUAAGCCAGCUUAUCAACCUGAAAGAGUUGAUUUUGGAUCGUAAUGGGAUCAGAGAGCUGCCGCACGAGCUCGUGGAGCUGAAGAACUUGAGAAACGUUUCCUUGGCUGGAAAUUGCCUCAGCAGUUUGCCGUCUUUUUUCAACAUGCGAGCUCUCGCGCUAACGGACGUUUUAUCGAAGGCAGACCACAGCAAAGAUUCCAAGGAUGAAAAGCAUAAUCAGAAUAAUUUGUAUAAAGUCAAUCUACGAAAUAAUCAACUCAAAGGAAACAUUAUACUUGGAAAUUACGGAAAUUUAACGCAUCUAGACGUCAGUGAAAAUAGCAUUGAAAAAUUGGACAUCAGUGCUCUUCAAGAAUUGAGGAGCGUUCGUUGCGCGCGAAAUAUUUUAACAGAACUGACGGUCUGCGGAAGAAAUAUCGUUUCUCUUAUUGCUGGAAACAACAAAUUAAAAAAGCUAACUAUCGAGCCCGUACCUGUGAAUCUUGAGCAUCUAGACGUUUCCUACAACAAUUUAGAUGCACUUCCGGAAUGGAUACCAGAUCUACCCUUAUUGCGCGCUCUUUUUGCGUCUCACAACGCUUUAACAGCCCUCCCAGACAGACUGCUAACGCAGCCGUCAAGAUUGGAAGUCCUCCACUUACCUCACAAUAGACUACAAGCCCUUCCACCACCAAGGAAACCACUAAACAUCGUUCACUUGACGCUGCAAGACAAUGCAUUAACUGCAUUACCAACGAGUUUCUUCAUCAACACCGAAAAGAUGAAGGUACUAAAUCUGUCCAAUAAUCGACUGUCAGAACUUCCACACUUGGGAGAAGGGAACAAAAAUCGUCAUACUAAUCAUAAUUUGGAGAAACUAUAUCUGACUGCAAAUUGUUUAACAGACACGGCUUUGGACACUCUUGCGAAAUUGACUUCUUUAAGGGUUCUUCAUAUAGCGUACAACACUUUGGACACGCUUCCAGAAAGCUGUAUAGUCUCUUGGGCUGAUUUAGAAGAAUUAGUAUUAUCUGGAAAUCGUCUUCAAUAUCUACCAGAUAAUGCGGCCAAUUUACGGCAUUUACGCGUGUUACGUGUCCACUCCAAUCGGCUCCUAACUUGUCCGACAUUUAAUAAAACAACAUCCUUAAAGGUAUUAGAUCUAGCUCAUAAUCAACUAGACAGGGUGAACAUGGCUACUUUAGUGCCACCACAGCUUCAAUUUCUUGACAUAUCCUGCAAUUCGAGACUUCACGUCGACCCCAGACAAUUCCAAGUAUAUAGAUCUCAACGACCAAUAUCCUUGGUUGAUGUAUCUGGACAAAAUAGACCGAGUCUACCUUCUCAUCCUCAUCAACAGGAAAUGGUUUCCGCAGAAAGGGGAUCCGAACAACCGUGGAGAUUAGGUUUCUCAGAAACAGCAGGAUCUAGAGAAAGAUUAUACGUAUCGCAAGUUCGAAUGCCAUCCUUUUGUAACGUGGAGGGCCUAUUCGGUAUAUUCGACGGCGGUUCGAACCAGGAAGCGCCAAGCGCACUCCAGGAAAUGAUCCCGCGUCUGUUACUGGAGGAGAGGACCGUACGAGAAACAUCGAAAGAAUACUUAAAAUACACGUUACUGUCUGCCCAUAGAGAGUUGAAGGAAAAGGGUCAGAAAUAUGGAAUUGACGCGACUCUGGUGCACAUUGUCAGAACUCAAUCGCAACAAGCGUACCCAAAAACAUCGACGAAAUAUUCAUUGAAGGUAGCAACUUCAGGAGAUGCAAAAGCGGUUCUCUGUAGAGCUGCUGGCCCUUUGACUUUGGCACCUCCCAAGAAAGUUCCUGUGAAAAAUCAGUUAGGCAACGCGGCAAUGUUUCCUCUGGUGGUUCCUGAUCCCACGUUUGAAGAGGUAGAUAUAGAAGAUGACGACGAAUUUGUGAUAAUCGGCAAUAGAAGAUUGUGGGAGGUGCUGAGCGUUCAGGAAGCCGUUCGAGAAGCCAGGGCGGAAGCCAGUCCUGUUUUGGCCGCUAAAAGGCUUCAAGAUCUGGCACAGGCCUAUGGUGCAGAAGACAAUUUGAGUAUCGUAGUGGUGCGACUUACAGGACCUAAUCAGGGUGAUCUAGAUCAAUUGAUGAGAGAGCUGAGACACGCGGUUGGAAAGAACAGAGGUCAAACGGAGGCAGGAUGUCCUUGUCCUUGUUGCGUGCCACUGGCUGCUCAUAAGCCACCGGGACCAUGCUGCUGUCACGCGAACGAAGGCUAUUAUUUAAACGGCGUGUUGAAAAGCAUAGUGAAUAGGUCAAACAAAGCUCACAAUGGAUCUGGUAGAUAUUUUAAGAACCGUCGAUCAACGCAGGAAAACGAAAGUCCGUCGUAUAAAGAUGACAGAAGUUCACCGAGUGGUCAAUCUGAUCAAGCUAGUGACAGUACUUUUAAAUCAAGGCAUCCUACUGGUAGAGUCUGGUCUGGAAGUGCCGCUUCCAGAGCCACGAACAAAGCUCGGCAAAGCGUUCUCGUGAAAGAAAAUGGCACGAGAAAGGUAUCCGCCUGUUUAACGGCUCAAGAGGACACGGUAUCCGAGAGAUCCGGUGCGCUAAGCGAGGAGCAAUUCCGUUGCUGGGAAUAUAUGUUGGAACAGAAUACUCAGCUCUUGUUCGACAAGGAAUUAGACACCCUAUCAAGGACUCCCCUACGACGAGGUCAAUCGAGAUCCACGCCUCAAUUAGCCGGUAAUUUGCCUUUUCUAUCAAAGAGAUUUGGAAGUGCCAGGUCCUUUAAUCCUUCCCUACCGAGGCCGCCCGUCGUUCGAUUUGGUAGCGGAAGAAGAUUACUAAACGGAGGUCCUAACGCGGCUUACUUUGGCAGCCUGCAGAGGUUGAUGCCGUAUAAUCUCGAAUACGAUUUCGCCGUCAUUCAGGAAAGAAACGGAUUAGAUUCGCUGGAACAGGACGCGACGAGGAUGCAACAAUAUUGGGGAGUGGCUACGACCGAAUUGUGAUACGCGAGUUGAGCACAGUGUUGUUGCAAUUGUGAAAUUAUAUCGUGAUGUUGAAAGGUAUGUACGUACACGCGUUAUCGUUAUUUAUGGCGGAUAUAUGGCAUUAGAAGAUAGACUUAUUUUUUAAGCAGAAAUACGAUAAAUGAAAAGCGGCAAUGAUAUGCGGCGAAUUGAUAAUACUAGAUGGUGAUUUAUGCAAGAGCUAUUAAGCUUUAGCUGAUCGUAACAAUGUGGAAAAUACUCGACAAAGAUAACAAUGUGAAAACUACUCGACAAAGAGAUUUUUCGUUAAAAAUUACAGGCUUAUUUUAUUUUCUGCUUAUCUUGUGUACGUGAAUUUUGGAUACAGAACUUAUUGGUAUCGUUGUUAUACAUUUUAAUCUGAAUUUAUUUCACAAGAUAAAUUAUAACUCAAACUUUUUUAUCAUGUUUGUUGAUAUAUACUCACUGCGUGAGCGAUUCAAGUGAUCAGUGGAGUUAUUUAUAUUCAAGAAUUGAACGAAUUAUCGCUAAAAAUGCAUAUUGAAACUUCCAUUUAUACGAUAUACGACAUGCGAUAUGUUUUGUACUGUCAAGCAGAAAAAUAAAAGGUAUUCAUAUUUGUACAGUCUUGUUGCCAAAUAUAUGUUUAUGAAUUAUAAUGUAUUUUUCUAAACAUUACAUAAAUAUAAAAAACGGUGGUUACGUGCACAUUUGUUUCAACAAACAUGUUUGUAACAAACGUGAAUGAAUAUAAAAUAUGAAAUAUCAUUACAAAUUGUGAAAAGCGCAUUAAGAUAAGCUAUCCUAAAGCAAACUGCAAGCUAAGUAUUUACAUGGGAUACAUAUGUAUGUAUAUAACUCUAUCCAAGCAACAAAUAGCGCGAUCUCACACUGUUUGUACAAAGUAUACGGUUACGUAUUAGAACGAAUUUGAAAAAUCGCUCUCUUAAAUAUCCCAUUUUUCCAUUCUCAUCCUAGACAGGCAAUUCUGUGAUUAAACAUUACUUAUCUCUAUAAAUCCAUAUUAUAUUAAACAUGAAAAAUUGUAUAACUUGAUUUUUUAAGUGCAACUUUGAUUUGUGUAAGUGAAUCAGAUUCCUAUAAUGAUUACGGUCAAGAAUAUUUUUAUACAAAUGAAAAAUGUAGCGAUUAUUGUACCUGAAGCUACCAAAUAAACGCCACAAACAACAAA